CAGACAGUGUCGCACGUGGACGCAUGGAGGAUGCAAGCAAUCUUCGCAGGAAGGAAAGGAUUAGGAUGCCCUAGUGACGGGAAGCAGGACAAGGAAGAUACAUCUAGUGGAAGGCAAGAAGUGAUGGAGGCUCAAGAGAAAGACUUGGCAAUCCAAGAAAACGGGGUGGAACUUAACGAAAAAGGGGUGGAGCUAAGAGAAAAAGGGGUGGAGUUAAAAGAAAAAGAGGCGGAGUUACAAGAGAAGGAGGUGGAGUCAACUGCGAAAGAGAAAGAGCAGAACCCACUUGAAGAAAGGUCGGAGCCCUGUAAGGAAGAUAAAAAAUCACCAGAGGAAGGGAUCGAGGCCGAAGAGAAGGGGACAGAGCUUCUUGUAAAAGGUGUGGAGUCUCGGAAGAAAGGGGAGGAAUCACGAAGGGCGGAGCGACCUAGAAAUGGAGAGGCGUCGUCAGAAAGCAGGCUGCAAGUACCUGAAAGUGAGGGAGUAUCACUAUCCAGGGAAAUCAAAAGGGGAGACGGCGACCUGAUGUCAGAGGGAGGUGAAGUGGACCGCUAUUAUGUUCUAGGUCAGCAAAUAAACAUAGAAGAAGACCUUUGCCACGAGUUCAAAGGUCACCGCAGCAUCUCCAUCCACGACCUUCACAACCUGUGUCUAAACACCGAUGGAACGACAGACCGCAGCCGUAACGCCGUGUCAAUUCCUGUGUGUGCCAUGCUGAAUUCGAGUCACGGUGGCACGAUUUAUCUCGGAGUGGCAGACGACGGCCAGGUGAAAGGCAUGGGACUUACCAGGUACCAGCGCGACCACGUAGAGGCGUCUCUCAAGUGGACGCUGAGCAAGUACACGCCCCCUGUUUCCGAAUCACGGUAUUGCGUUAAGUUCGUGCCUGUGGCUUCCUCCAAAAACACACAGAAGUCUUUCAAGUUCCAGGAAGAAAUAGUGGACGAAGAAAGGCGUGGUCAACCACAUCAUGUAGCACAGCCUAAUUACUGCUGGUGUGAUAUGGACGCCUCUGCUCUGCGGGCUCUUGGAAGGCUGCCCAUGCUUUUCGUCGUGGAGGUGCAUAUCCGCCCAUGGGACCCUCACUGCCAUGCUUCCAGUGUGGAGAAGAACCCCCUGUAUGGUGACGCUCCUCCUCUGCCCCCUUUGCACCUCACGGAAGCCGGCGGGAUGUACGUUCGUCAGAGUUGUCGUCAGUCGAGGCUGUGUCUCGAGGACGUCCGGAGACUUGAAGUGCACCGAGUCAAGGAACAUUACGCGCUGAAGGCGAUGGCUCUCGAAGAACGCUACCUCGCUCUCAGGGACCUCGCCCUCCAACACGGCGUCGAAGUGCCCACGUGAGUCUCCGCUGAGGUUGUUCUUCACAGCCCCGGUUGCAGACUCUUGCAAGAUUGGUGCAAGGAAAAGGAGGAGAUAGUUUCUCGUUCGUGGAUGGUGUUUGUUUUUUUAUAUGCCUGUUUCUGUGUUUUUUUUCUUCUCUAUUUGCAUUUCUCUGUCUCUGUCACUGUCUCUGUCUGUCUGUCUGUCUGUCUCUCUCCCUUUCUCUUUCUCCUCCCCCACCCUCUUGCUCUCUCUCUCUCUCUCUCUCUCUCUC